AUGGAUCGACGUAAGAUUCAGCGACAAGCUGCCUCUUUGAAUGAUAAGCUAUAUUCAGAAAAGCAACUACAUUAUAUUGGGCGGGUUAAGAUCUUACUAUCUAACUUGAGAUUUACUACUACCAACGAUCGGAGAAAGCAAUUUCCUGAUAAAAAAACUAUCAAGAAGCUAGUUCAAAACUUCGCGUCGGAGGAGGAGAAUCAUGUCUUGGCACUGAUAUCGAAAGAUGUGCUCCAAAAUGCGCUCCGAAGAUCAAACUUGACCGCAGAAAGUAUUCGGAAAGCAGAGCCUCCACCAAAACUCAUAAUCGAAACACCUACACCAUUAAAAUGUCUCUAUGGAAGAAACCGCUUGCAAGCUGCACACAGACUCCUUGAGUAUGGAGAAGAUUGGUUGAUUGUUGAUUUAUACUCCGAUGAAUGCAGCCUCACACUUCAGAAUCACUUUCAAGAAGGUUAUUCAAAUUCUACAUAUUUUUGUGACGGUGAGAUACUUCGUCACAUCCGUCUAUAUCAGGACACCCAGGAUAUCAUCAACGAAAACAAAUGGUGGGCUCGUUUGUCACAAGAUAAGAAGAAGGAUCUUAAACGUAUUAUCAACAUUACAGCGUUCAGAGAUAUAUUUGAUGAUUUGAUGAACAUCACUGGUUUAUGGCCAGCUUUUCAUAUUGGAACUUUCAGACGAUAUUUAAUCAUAAAUUGUCAUGAGGAACUUUUAAACUAUUUACAGAGAAUUUACAAAGUAUGGUCAAUGAUUGUAGGAGGUAAUCAGUCACUUAUGCGGCAUAUCGAUCUUAUGACAGUAGAGACGUUAGAGCUCAGAGCUCCAAAAACUUCAAGUGAAGAUGCUAAGAUAAUUUUGGAAGCUAUGGAGAAACGAAAGAUAUUUCGUUUUGUGGACGACCCGAAGCUGCGGAAGUCCAUAUCUUGCAACAUCUUACAAGUCGACUACCUUGUUCCAUCACUCCGGACCUUUUGCGAAGACACUAAGUACCUCGAACCAUGUUCGAAUGCAGUGAAGCUACUUGUGAGACUCGAGCACAAAGAAACCGUGGAUAAGGCCCUUCGCAGAAUAUAUAAUCCUCCUGAAAGUACAGCCGGCAUAGUUACCGUACAGGACAGUGAGAACAGCUUCACAGAGGUCGAGUCGAGCGACAGUAUGCGAUUUCAUAUUGCUAAGCUGCAAAUUUUCUUGGCAGCUUUCCGAAAUUUUAAUAAUAUAGUCAACAUCGCGUGCAGAAAGGACCUAGAAGAGGCAAAGCCGAUGGUUGCCGUGCCUAAUCUAAUUGUCAUCUAUCAAUUCGCAAAAUUAGCAUAUAAAUUGGGCUUUGAUUCUGAUCAAGUACAACGACUUUUGUCUAUAGAUCCCCGUAUCGAAGAAAUAUACUCUUGCUUAGUUCGCCUCGAUCCUAGCAAAGAGAAAAAUGAAGAAGAACUUCGUUUACGAGCUCAAAACUACGCUACAAUUUGGAACAAAGAUAACGCAGUGAAAGAUUCGAAUAUGAGCACAGUCAGCAAUCAUCCGUUACUGACUGAUAGAGAUCAAGAUCAAACACUGGCCCAGAGAUGUGGGAGACCAUUUCAAAAGGCGCAUAUCCAAGAUAAAGAGUUCCUGUUUUUACGUCAUAUUUAUAGCUCUGACAAGACAACUGGUCGAUAUAUUACGUCAUUUUAUGUAAAACAAGCAACUUUUAUCGCAUUCUUCGGGGAUUUUAAAAUAGAUGAUCUUCAAGAGCCUAAUCCAUUGACAUCCAGGGAUGAAUAUGACACGGGGGGAGCAGGAGCAGUUAUCGAUGAGUAUAUGAGGGCCGUUCCACAGGAAUUUGAUAAUGAAGACUUGAUGGAUGUGGAAAACGAUCCUUUGACGAUACCAGCGCAGAACCAUCAUGUGUCUUCAUUAGGAAACCGAUCUAGUGAUAUUGAAAUGGGAGGUGAUAAUGACAGUCAGGAAAUUGCAAAUUCUCAUAAUUCCGAGCCUGCGCCAAUUAGCAAUUUAGAAAUGGUCUUUUUCCAUGGCCCAAAAGGCGAGGAAGAUCAGGUACCACUCGACCCACAGCGAUUGCUAGAGUAUAUCAAAGCAUUGCCAAACAAUUCGCUCAUUAUCGAGAAUCACGGUAGCCAAUCGACCGUAGUACCAGCGCACUGUUAUAAUUUUCUAAAACAGACUGGCAUUCGGAAUAUUCAAUAUAGCCCUAUGAUUCGUCCAACAAGCCUGACAUGGACGGGACAGGGUUUAAACCCAGAAGAAGAGGAAGAAUUGUAA